UUUCGCCUUUCAGAGAUGGCGCUGCUGGGAAACCGCUGCAAAAAACGCCCAUCCCUAUAGAACCCAGAUCUAUAGAUAUAGAUAUACCUGCCCCAUCCCUAUAGGACCCAGAUCUAUAGAUAUAGAUAUACCUGCCCCAACAGGAGGCGGUUCCUCUUGUGGCUGCAGCAUUGGAUCAUCAUCAUCAUCAGCAGCAGCAGCAGCAGCGGAGGACAAACAAGCAGCGAAGCUUUGGGAGCGCAGAGCGGGACAGUAUGCAUCGUUGUGUCAUCAGCCAGCAGGAGGUGCAAAGCUUCAUUGAGAAGUGUUUAACGGCGGUGGGGGCCAAACCCCACCAUGCCAGAAGCCUGGCUGAGGUGCUGGUAACAGCGGACUGCAGGGGCCACUACAGCCACGGACUCAACAGGAUGGAUAUGUACCUGAAGGACAUCCAGACAGGAAUCUGUGCAGUAGAAGGGGAGCCGCUGGUGGAGAAGGAAAGUGCUGCCACAGCGCUGGUGGAUGGGAAUAACCUGCUGGGACCCGUGGUGGGAAACUUCUGCAUGAAACUGGCCAUUAAAAAGGCCAAAGAGGUUGGAAUAGGCUGGGUGGUGGCACACGGUGAGUCCCAUCACUUCUCUGCUUCUGUCUGGAGGCCAUGAACGCAGCGAGUGGAGCUACAUGGCUGCAGAGCUCAAAUUGAUAAGCUAACAAUGUGAAAACGCUCUCUGUAGCGCACUUUGGGCACCAACCCGCUGAGCGUAGCCGCUCCUGCUGAACAUGGAGACAGUUUUGUUCUGGACACCGCCACUUCAGCAGUAGCCCUUGGAAAGGUGGAACUGAAUGAGCGGCGAGGCGACCCCAUUCCUGACGGCUGGGGCUGCGACCCAGAGGGACACGUAACCACCGACCCAAAGAGUGUUCUGACUGGAGGAGGACUGGUUCCCAUCGGCGGCAGUGAAGCCACAGGAGGCUAUAAAGGUUACGGACUGGGAAUGAUGGUGGAGGUCUUCUGUGGGAUCCUGGCUGGCGCACAAUACAGCAAAUAUGUGCGAACGUGGAAGGUUACCGACCGUGUUGCCAACCUGGGUCAGUGCUUCGUAGCAAUCAACCCAGAAAACUUUGCUCCAGGGUUCAAUGAGCGGAUGUCAGACCUGCUUAGCAUCCAGAGAGACCAGGACCCUGCUGACCCAGGCUCCCCUGUUUUGGCUCCAGGAGAUCCAGAAAGGAUGAAUAUUAAGAAGUGUGAGGAGAUGGGUGGAAUACCUUACCACAUCAAUGUCGUCAAGUACAUUAACGAUUAUGUGAAGAAAAUUGGUGUCAACGAGCUUCUGCCAUGUGACAAGAUCGUCUCCAUUUAGAUGCUGUGUGUGAAACCGGUGGACAUCUGGCCUGAAUCAGCAGCUUCUGGCCCUCAGGGGCCAAAAAAGGCAUCAAUUCUUUUAAAGAGU